UAUAUUAUCAAUACAGACUUUCAUAUAUCCAAAUAAAAAAGAGUAUAUAAAAUCUAAAGCCCUAGAACAGCGAUGGGAGUAGAGAAGCAAAUUUUGACCCCCGGAACGGGCCCCAAACCAAAAGCCGGCCAGAAGGUCACUGUUCACUGCACCGGUUACGGAAAAAAUGGUGAUCUCUCUCACAAGUUCUGGAGCACUAAGGAUCCUGGGCAGCAGCCUUUUAGUUUCAAAAUUGGCCAAGGUUCUGUUAUAAAAGGAUGGGAUGAAGGUGUGAUGGGAAUGCAAGUAGGAGAGGUUGCUCGUCUGCGGUGUUCUCCAGAUUAUGCUUAUGGUGCUGGUGGAUUUCCAGCAUGGGGAAUUCAACCUAAUUCAGUCCUGGAGUUUGAGAUUGAAGUCUUAAGUCUGCAGUGACUUGAUAGGAGUUGAAAACCAGCUAUAAAACCGUCUGAAUAACUUGCAUCAUUAUAAACAUUUCCGGACGUUAUCGAUAUACUUUUGAUGAAUAUGAUAAGGAAUUGAUUAAUCUAUCGGCCGAUCUCAACUCUUAAUUGAUAUAAUCUAUGCAACUUCUAGCAA